AUGCGCGUCGGCAUGGACGUUGACGGCCUGUGCGAGCACGCAUCGUGGUUGGAAGGCCUGCUGCGUCUCGACCCGCGCGGCGGGUUCUUCGACCACAUCGACGUCGCCAAGGGCUUCUACGGCAUCAUGAAGGCGCCGGCGGAGAACGUGACGAGGGCGAGGGCGAUCUCCAGGGCGACGGGCUACCCCGUCGACGGGCUCCACGACUACUGGGCGCUCAAGACCCGCGUCAUGUUGUCGCACCUGAGGAUCAAGAAGAAGGAGCGGGAGCUCACCAGCACUGCGAUCGAGAAAGCGCAGCCCGAGCUGAGGUCGAUGCUGUCGCUGAUCUCGAGGCCCUCGCCGUCGCCGCCCGCCAAGCCCAGCAGAUCAGCAGCGCGGCAGGAGCCAGUCCAGAACCCGUUCAUCAACUACAGGGUUCCCGAGCUGUUCACAAGCCCUCCUCAGACGGGCGCCGGCUUCGGGAGCUCGUCGGUCCUGGACUCCGACGGCGACGAUGACGACGAGGACAAUCAUCCGAUCUUCUGCCACUUCGAUGGCCGUGCCAUCCAGCUCGUGCUCUCCAACGGCUCGGCCAGAGAAGCUGAAUGGUUUCGGGUGAGUGGUGACGGCUUCGUGAUGGGCGUGUGGGGCUCCGUGAAGGGCGCCGACGGCGAGCCGUGCUCGUGGGAGUCGGAGCUGUCGGCCGACUGGCUCGGAGACGACGGGAAGCUCAAGCGCCCCCCCAAGGCGCAGCCGAAGCCCGCGGGCAAGAGCAAGGCCAAAGGGAAGGCCACCAGUGCCAAAGGGAAGGCGAAGGCAAAGGCGAAGGCCAAAGGCAAGGCCAAGGCCAAAGGGAAGGUGCAGCUCAAGAAGCGCAAGGCGGGCGAGGAAGCAGAUGCAGCGGAGGCAGAGGAGGCAGAGGAUGUGCAGCCGUCGAAGCCCGUCAGCAAGAAGCCGGCUGGUAAGGCUGGCAAGAAGGAUGACACGCAGAUUGAGCUCAUCCUUGCGAACGGCCACAACGGCAAGGUCGCCGUAUUCAUGAGAGCCCUGGGCCGCCCCAAGAAGAAACAGAUUCUCGAGGUCGGCGGCGAGAACGCACGUGAGCGGGCUACGACGAUCAUCGACAUGAUUAGGACGCAGGUGAUGGACAUCGUCGGAUCUGUCAACGACCCCGCCAAGGUCUCGGAUGAGGACAUGAAGGCCGUGAGGGCGAUCGCCAAGGCGGCGCGCGACGGGGGCCUGCUGACGGCGCUGCUGACGGGCCUGCUGAUGACGGGCGUGCUGCUGACGGACCUGCUGCUGACGGGCCUGCUGCUGACGGGCCUGCUGGCGGGCCUGCUGACGGGCCUGAUGACGGGCCUGAUGACGGGCCUGCUGACGGGCCCGCUGACGGGCCUGCUGACGGCGGUGAGUGAAGGGCCUGGCGACGGCGGCGGCUGGGUCGCAGACUCGUAG